UGAUUUGGCGAGAUUUGCCCGUGUUAUCACGCGUGGUAAACCCCUUUCCACCCUCUUUCCCUUCGCUGUGCACAAGCAAGAUGCCAGGUGUCACGGUAAAAGACGUCAACCAGCAGGAGUUCGUCACAGCCCUGGCUGCCUUCCUGAAGAAGUCAGGAAAGCUGAAAGUGCCUGACUGGGUUGACCUUGUCAAGCUGGGCAAACAUAAGGAGUUGGCUCCCUGUGAUGAGAACUGGUUCUACAUCAGAGCUGCCUCCACAGUUCGCCACCUAUACCUUCGUGGAGGAGCUGGUGUGGGCUCUAUGACCAAAAUCUAUGGAGGUCGCAAUAGGAACGGCGUGUGUCCAGCUCACUACAGUGUCGGAUCCAAGAACGUAGCCCGCAAAGUGCUGCAGGCCCUUGAGGCACUCAAGAUGAUUGAGAGGGACCCCAGUGGUGGUCGCAGACUAACCUCCCAGGGAACCAGAGACCUGGAUAGAAUUGCCGGCCAGGUUGCGGCUGCAAACAAGAAAACUGUUUAAAUAAAUCUUUUGGAGAAAUGAA